UCCUCGCUUGUGUUCCAAGCGCGCACUUCUGCCUCUGUGUGUGUGUGAGAGAGAGAGAGAGAGAGAGAGAGAGAGGCAAUGGCGACGUCGUCUUUCCUAGGAAACAGAUACUGGGUGUUGAGACAUGGUAAAAGCAUUCCAAACGAGAUGGGUCUUAUUGUCUCAUCCAUGGAAAAUGGCACACUUGAGGAAUACAGUUUAGCUCCUGAAGGUGUAAAUCAAGCACAAUUGGCAGGAGAAUUAUUUCAAAAGGAGCUGAUGGAAAAGAAAAUACUGAUCGAAAAUGUGCGAAUUUGCUACUCCCCCUUCUCAAGAACAAGUCACACUGCUAAAGUCGUUGCAUCUGUCUUGGAUAUACCAUUUGAUGGCCCUCAGUGUAAGGUCGUAGAAGAUCUCCGUGAGCGUUUCUUUGGUCCUUCAUUGGAACUUUCAUCUCAUGAUAUGUAUUCAGUGAUAUGGGCUCUUGAUGAGAAAUAUCCGUUUGUGAAGCCAGAAGGUGGAGAAAGUGUUUCGGAUGUUGUUUCUAGACUCACGAAGGCUUUGAUAACCAUUGAGUCAGCGUUUCAAGGCUGCACAAUCUUGGUUGUCAGUCAUGGUGAUCCCCUUCAAAUCUUGCAGACAAUACUCCAUGCAGCUAAAGAGCAUGAUGGACCCAAUUGUGAAUUGGCAUCAAGAAUAGAGGAAGUUAAAGUCCCAUCUGUUCUCUCACAACACCGGAAGUAUGCCCUUCUAACUGGAGAACUUAGGGCAGUCAUAUAAAUGAUAGCUUCUAUGGAGUGGACAAAACCCAAGUGCUAAUUAGCUACUGAAAUUAAUUUUCGUUUAUGACACAUUCUUGUCAUGUGAUGUUAUUGGAGUGAAGCAACAAUAAUAUAGCGUCCCAAAAGGUUGUUUUAAUUAGAUGAAGACGCCUGGGUGUUGAUUUUUUAGCAGAGAACCGCACAAGUUGUUAGGGCUUUCCGCCUAUUUGCGAGAUGACUCAGAAUGCUUUUAACGAUUAGAUCUAAGCGCCUUUGUAUAGCGCAAACACAAUCCCCUUGUUUUAUGGUAUUUAUAUAAUUAAUUCCAUUUUUAUUUGUAAAGGGUAAAA